AUAAAAAAAAUCAACCAGUAUAUUAUAAUUUGAAUGUGAUCGGGACAUGCUAUUCUAUAAAAUAUGUAUACGUGGAAUUUAGUAGUUUUAAUUCGUGAAUCAAGUUCUAACUGUGGCAAUUAUAUUUCAGCUAGAGCAAAAGCCAAAAAAUCUGAACAUACUUCAGAUUUAUCUACAAAUGAUUCUUCUUCCCAAGUUGAAUCUAAUAUGAAAUCAAGAAAAGGUAAAAAGAUAUUGCCAAAGCAAAAACAAACUUCAGUUACUCGUGGAAUGUGGAGUCCUGCAGCCCUUGAUAAUUCAGGAACACCAGAGUCAACUGAAAAUGUUAUGUUAAAAAACAAAGAAAAUAUAACUUAUAGUUGUCCACUUGUCCUGAUAUAACUUCAGAUGUUAAAAAAGUUCUUAACUUCAAUAAUAAUGAUAAGUGCCACUGUUAUUUAAGUCCUAGUAUAUUAGGAGUGAAAAUGUUAAAAACUAAUAGUAAACAAGUUAAUUUUUUAAUCAUUUACAGAAUAUAUUCUAAUUAUAUUUUUUUGGAAACUAAUAAUAUAGUAAUUCUUUUCUUUUAAUAUAUAUCCAUAUAUUUUUUUUUUUUUUUUUGAAA